GCGGACCCCGCGGGCCUCCCGGACGCGGGCCCCGGGCCGCCGAUGGGGCGGGGCCGGGCAGCGGCUCCCCGGAAGCCCCACCGACCGCGGCCGCCCCGCCCCGCGCUCUGCGCACGCGCACCCGGGUUAGGGGUCAGCGAAGAUGGCGGCGGCCGUGACCUUCCGCGCGCUGCUGGGCCGCUGCGGGGCGGCGCUGGGGGCGCGGGGGGCGCGGUGGUUCGGGGUGCGCGCCGGCCCGGGCGGGGAGAAGGUCACGCACACGGGCCAGGCCUAUGACGUUGGGGACUACAGGAGGAUCCGCUUCGUGGGCCGGCAGAAGGAGGUGAACGAGAACUUCGCCAUUGACCUCAUUGCUGAGCAGCCCGUGAGCGAGGUGGGGAGCCGCGUGGUGUCCUGCGACGGCGGUGGGGGUGCCUUGGGCCACCCCCGGGUGUACAUCAACCUGGACAAGGAGACCAAGACGGGCACGUGCGGCUACUGCGGCCUGCAGUUCCGGCAGCAGCGUCACUAGUGGCCGGGCGCCAGAAUAAAGGGCGUCCCCAGGCCGGCA